AGUAACGCGCUAACUUGCUUGGCUAUUUAAGCUGAGUGCAAGCUAUAAACGAAAGGUGUUUAAUGUUUCUGUGGUACAUGUAUAUGCGUUUCGACAUGGAUUUAAGUUACUAGUAUUUGCCCCCGUUCGAAGAAGAAUGGGUAUAUUGUUUUACUGAUCGAUCGGUCGAUAUGCUAACUAUGUAUUAGAUGACAGCGAGAUAUUAGUUAAUAGAGGUGCGCUUCUUGCAUGUAAACCGCCAUAGACAGCAGUUUACAAAUGUUAAAAACCCGUCUUUUAGCAAUGUUCGGAAGACAAAAAACAAACAAAUAAAUAAAUAGAAGGGACUUAAAGGAAGCCAUAUUAAAGAAAGACAAUGAGCACUGCAAGUGGCUGCUCGGGAGGUGAAGUCACACAUGUUUUGACAGGUACCAGAGAAAUAUUCCAGUUCAUGGUUGAGUUAGACAAGCUGCAUGAAGAAGGAAUCUGGAUGGUUUCUGUGUCAGGAAAGACUGGCGAACAGAAAAUUUUUAAGCUGGAGGUUAUUGGAAAAGCAUCACGACAGUUAAGUAAAAAAAUAGCAGAUGUCUGCAAUUGUUGUUUUGAGAUUUUUUAAUAGAUUAUAUAGUUUACUUAAACGUUUAUCAUAUCUUGUAAUAUAAAUAGUAGUUUUGCAGAUUCGUGCACGUACCUAGGUUUACUCGUAUCAGUACUCAGGGGAAUAACUUUUGGGGCCAAAGCUUAUGAGUCAUAAAAAGAAUAUUUAACUGAGCGAGAGAAGUGAGGUAAAGGGGGGAACGGGCCUUUAUAUCACUUUUUUUUGUAUGUUCGUAAUUUGAAUUUUAGAAAAAACAGAAAUGUUCUCUACAAUGUGAACGCCACUAUUAAUGUAAGUAGUGCUACUCGUGGUAUAAGGGGGAGUGGGGGAGGGGUCCCUACAACACCCUCUGUCGUGGUAUCUUUGAAACUAACCGCCCUACACCCCUGAGAUCCAUGCAAUUCUGUUCAAAUAUUUCAAUCAGUAAAGUUACUUUUCAAACGUUUGUUCUGGGAAGGAUCUGCAUCUAACUUCUAAAAUAUAGAAAAAAGGAAUUAAAAGUUUCCUAUAAAGCUUCCUGAAAAUAUACACAUCUUGUUUAUCAAGAGAGGAUACAACCCAAAACAUCGUAAAGUACAGUGCUUAAUUUACAGUGCUAAAAUCAAACCAAAUUUUAAGAAUACAAAUGACAAAAUUACGAUUUGUACAUGCACAGCAAAGCACGGGAUUUUCGCAAAAAAUAAAAUUAUUUUACCGAUAUUUGUGUCGGCAUUUAGGUAAAUAAAACCAUGUUUAAAAUUCACUAGCUUACGUUUUAAAAUAAAAAAAUAUAUAUAUCUACACUCUUCAAGGAUCUAGUUGGAAGUUUUGUUCAGUAUAUGUCAAAUAUUGUUUCAAAUGCAAUAAUUCUACCAGUAUGGUGUCAGCCCUAGCUGUACGUCGUGGUCUAAAUUUAAUUUGUAAGAUAUCUAAUGCACUGUUAACUGUUUAUAGUUGGCUCUAUGACUAGGUUUUUUUUGGUUGCCUUUCCAGUAAAAUAUAGGUCGAUACUUUAAACAUUUUACCGAAUAAACGUUUAUAAACGUUAUGUGGCACCAUUAUCGUUUUUGUGCCCAUAAGUUUUUUGUCAUGUUGGCGGUAUUUACUGAAUAACAUUGAAUGUAAAUGUUUAUUUUUUAAGGAUGCAGACCUCCAGAUUUAUGUUAUUUUUUUAAUAAAAAAUUGCUUUCAUUACUUAAUAAAUUAAAUGUACUAUUUGGGAACAAGUAGUCGGACAAAUAUUCAUAUUUCGGCUCCAUUAUUUCCUCAACAAAUAUUUGACAUAAAUGAAGCCCACACUGCACAUACUUCAGCUCCUUCUGCAUCCGAUGUUGUUAUCAGUAUUGCGUUGGGACGUAAAAUAUGGGUUUCGUGGGGCCUCAAAUGGGGUCACAAAAAGAAGUUAUUUUCCCCGUGAAGUAAACCAAUAGUCGGACAAUUAUUUUGACGAUAUUGUGCUGUAAUAUUGAUAUCGGAAUAGUUAAUUAAACUAUUUUUACACAUUUCUCCAAAAAUGCACAUGAAAGAUAACCGAAUUUUAAUAGCAGCUACGAAAGCAUAGAAAGGCUAGCUAUAAACAAACUCGAAUUUCGUGUAACACCAAUAGAUAUAGAAUAAAAUUAGUGCAAAAUUCGACAGCCUUGCAUUUUAUUUAACUAUUACGGUGAAAUUAAAAUUAGCACAUGUUAUCAGCAGAAAAUCAAUAUGCAGUUUAAUUAUUUCUUCCCUACUUGAUACUUGAUACCUCGACAAGUGUAAACAACUGCGGAUGCGCAAUGCUAUCGUUAUGCCCCGUUAAGACAGAAAGCUGUUUUGUAAACACAGGUGAGGUAUCAUCAUAAAACCUAACAUUAUACAGCGUUGUUAUAUAGUGGUUUGUUGUAGACAUGAAGAACAAAUAUCUAAAUGAUCCAGAUGAAACAAUUACGUGAAUAACGCCGAAAUAAAGCUUUUAUUACAUGUGUCCGGAAACGGGUCCUGUCCGGACACUGGUUCCCAACCAGUAAAGUUUUUAUGUGCAUUUUAGAAACUGUUUAAAUCACUCUUUUAAUCAAGACAGUAUACAGAAAACUCUCAAAAGGGUUAGUCAUGCUAUUGAAUUUUGAUGCAAAGUGGAAAGAAUUUAGCUGUAUUUUAUAUAAUACACAUUAAGAUGUCUUCUUAAACUGCACUGGUCGUCUGACAUAAAUUGCUGUUUCUUUUAAGAGAAUGAAACUUCAUCUAGAGGCGUGUCCCUUUAUGUUUCAUAUGAUGAUAUAAUUUCAGGAUGGUUCCUGUGGCUGCAGGGAAACAUUCCAUAAAGAAUACGUGGAGAAAGUGUUUGAGGGUAAAACAGAAGGCGAGAUUAUCCAUAUAUACAAGACAUACUUACAAGGGCAUAUGAGGAGCGAUAAUAUCCAAAAGUGCGCCAAACAGAUGAUUUCAGCUAUCCAGAAUAUGUGCAUGGAAAAAAACUUAGCAAAGCUUGCUUUCAUUACGUUUGAAACACAUAUGUCAUCUGAACGUCUUUUGGAAUCAUUCGAAAACAAAUUCGAAGAUAUGACUGACGAUCUUACAGCUGUUUUCAUUUCGGCAAUAGACGGCGAAAGAGUUCAAAAGUUCUUUUGUCCAGAAUCUGGAAAUGCAACUAGCAAAUAUAAUGAAGAUGGAAUGACGUUUACGGAUUUGGAUCAAGAAUAUUUUGCAACUACGCAAAAAAGACAUAAAAUGCUUCAAGAGAUAGUUAAAAAACGGCACAAAACACUGAUACAACUGUUAGGCAAACUGUUGGACCAACAAGGUGAGGAUGAAUAUGCCAUGUGCAAAAUGCUUGAAAUGGAUGGUGUAGGAAGAGUACCAGAUAUGGAUGGCUAUGACUUUACAUUCCAUACAGUUUUUCAACAGGUUGCAUACAACAAUGUAGAGGAUGCUGUCUGUCACAAGACUUUUAAACGACUGGUAGAAACAAAAUGGGACAAAUGGUGCCGAUCUGCAUUUACUAUUGAUGCAUGUUUGUACCUGACCAGUUUUAUCCUGUUGACGUUUAUUGUUAUCUCUGGCGUGACUUCUUCUGAUGUGAAAACAUAUCACUCUCCGCUGGAUUUUGUUAGGGUAAUAUUUGAGGUCAUCGUAUUCGCAAAUGCCCUCAGAGUGCUAUUGACGGAAAUAUACCAAAUUGCAACACUGCGCACCGGGUACCUUGUAGACAAAACAAACAUCCUGGAGAUAAUAGCACCAGCUCUCUUACUCUCAGUUUUACCAAUGCGGUAUAUCCAUGAACAAGCUCACUGGUUUAUCUUUGCUGCCAGUUACUUUCUCUGGAUGUUACAGAUAAUCAAAUAUGCUCCUGUCUUCAAAAGUACGGGUGUUUAUGCUGAAGCUCUACAGACGAUGAUCAUUGGAGACUUUCUGAAGUUUGGUAUUCUUAUCUCUAUAACAACCAUCAUAUUUUCGGGCACCUUUCUUCUAGUGCUAAAGGGAGAAGAUAGUUUGACAAAACACGAUGAAACAAGGACGUUCUGGGGAAUAUUUCUUGUCGGACUGAGGAUUAUGGUUGAGGCUGAUAGUGUUGUAGAAUACACAGGAGAAGAUGGAUAUAACCCAACUGGAGCAAUCAUCAUGAUGCUGUUCAUGUUCUUUAUGGUUGUUGUUUUGCUCAACAUACUGAUUGCACAGUUGAUAAAUACAUGUCAAAGAAUCGAAAAUUCCUCCAUAAAGGGGUUCUAUCUUCGAAGAGCGAAAAUAAUUGCUCGUAUGGAACGAGAACAAACGCCAAUACCUUGUUUACCAUGCGCUAAUGUAAAGCAAAGGAAGAAAUGUUACGAAUGUAGAAUCAAAAUGGACAGAAGAAUAGAGGAUAUGAAUGGUUCUACGAUUUUGAACGAUGAUCCCUGGGCAAUGCUUCAAAAUGUAGAACAAGGUUUGAGGAAACUGUCAGAAAAUGUCAACGUUUCUAGAGAAGGAGCCGAAGGAAAAUUCGAGGUAAACAGAACAACCAUGGUCAGUAAAACUGCCGAACUCAGCAAUCAGGUAGAAAAACUUCAAGAAACAUUGGACGACAUGAAUUAUAAGAUUGGUAUUGUCAUUGGAAUUACACAAUCCAUCCUAGAAAAGCAACUGCAUCACAAAAUGGCUGAAGUAAUGAAUAAGAUCACCGACGACCUAAUGCAGCAAAUUGAAAAAGAAAAGAGAGAAAGAAAACGUGCAAGGACGACAAGAUGCUUUAUUUGUUCAUUGUUUGAUAAAAGAUGUACCCAUACAUAACAUUCCUUAGUGACGUGAGACAAAUUUCUAUUAACUGAUACUCUACUAAGACGAGCAGUUGCAUCAUGCUAUUUUGUGUAAAAACUAACACAUUUUUGUCCACGUAACUACAGAUAGAAACUUAUAUAAAAGCAAAUCCUUUAAGGUUUUCAGUAUACAAAAUCAGUCAGUACAAAAUCAGUCAGAGCAUUAUAGUGUAUUUAUAAAACAUGUCUUUGCUCAAGUCAAAGAAAUAGACUAUUUAAGGUUCGUGUUAUCAAAUGAGGUAAAAAUGGGAUAAUUCUAUCUGUAUCAACUUUACUUUUGUUGUAACACAUUCGUACACUGAACAGUUUUCCUUUUUCAAUAGAUUAAAUGAGUGUCUAGCAACCGGAAAAGUUGGCAAAAGUUGGCGAAAAUCUUAGAUUCUUUAAACUACAGUCGUAGUUUACAAUUGAUCUUUUGCUAUAUAUUGAACAUGUAUGAUUCCGUUUUUUCAGUAGUGUAAAUAACUGAAAUAUCCAUAAAAUCCAAUUUAUAUGUCUACUGUAUAUGUAUAGUAGGUUAAUAAGAUAGAAGGCAGUACCAUUUACUGAUGAGAUAAUAUAGUUCCAUUCAAAUAACUAAAUAACACAUAAUGUAUUGCGUAGGUGUGCUUUAAGACAGACAGGCGCAUACCUUAGCAUUCCAAAUAACUAAAAUAAUAUGGUUAUUAAAUUAAUAAGGCUUGUAUACAAUUCAAUACAAAUCGAGGCAGUAACAUAAUAUUCUAUUUAGAUACUGAGGGGUCCACAGAAUGCUCAUGUUACACGCAAGACACAUCUGCGUCAAAUUCUAUUCCAAAACUCAAAAGAGGCUACAUUCAGAGGGGCUGUACUAGUUAACACGACGGAUGUUUAGAUUCUGAGUUAAGUAAAGGUUUUUGUGUCGAUUAAUGAGUUGGGUCUACCAGUUCGGCUAUAUGGUGUAUAUAUAUUGUUUAGAUGAAAUAAAAAACUGGAUCUAAAUUUCACACUUGCUACAGCUGUUUUUUAAAGAAAAAAAAAACUGAUUGUAUUUAACUACAACUUUUUACGUACAGAUAUGCACAUUUGUAAAUAAUUCAAAAUAUAUAUUCGAUGAAAUUUGGGAAGGAUAUAUGGCCUAAUUAGUUACGUCCAUCAUUAUAUCAGUGCACAAGACACGAGUCUGUGUGUCAUGUCUCGGUUGUUAGCGUACUUUUCCAGAACGAGAACUUUGAGGUCUUUAGAGCAGCUUUUAUGGAGGAGUCUGUAGACAGUGAACCAACAUUGCCUUUAGUGGAUCACACAGUAAUAAUAUAGAUUAAAACAAGAACAAAUCUGACCGAAAUGCUGGUGAAAUAACAUUAAGACUGUUAAUGUGUUCUAUGUCCAUUAUGGAUUUCAUAAGCAUGAAAUCUAUGCAUCUUAUAAGUAGAGUGAAUUAAAUAUUAUUGUUUAUCAUUUUUACAUUGUUAAAUGCUUGAAAUGUUUAACUCUUUUGUUUAGCGGGAACAUUUAGUAAUACUAAAUAACAAAACUUUUUUUACAUUUUCACAUUUAGUUACCUGAUUAAACUUAACAGCUCACAACCUUUAGAAAUACAUAUAAAAGCUUUGUUUGAUUAAUAGCUUUUGUAAUUAAGUGUGUUAAAAUAUCCAUGUUUAGAACGGAACCUGGUUGUGAUUUUAAUUUUCACAUUAAAACAAUACAACUUUUGUCUUAA